AUGGGCAAAGGACUCCCAGUGCUUCAUUUAGUUGUAGGUGGUGGUGACGGUACUUCAAAUGUUGAAGGUACUGUUGGUGAUUCAUCAAGUGUAUGCCCUAUCUGUUUGGAUGAGUUAAACAUAGAAAUUCAUGUGACAACAUGUAUCCAUACAUUUUGUAAAGGAUGUAUAAAGAAAUGGAUAAAAAUUCAUGGUACAUGUCCAAUCUGCCGAAGUUCAAUUAAUUAUGAAACGGAUGGCACUAGUUCUGAAAGCUCGGAUAGCACAAGCUCUGAAGAUGAAACUAUGCAGACUACGAUGCGAAGCAGAGAAGGAGGUGUAGUGUUUCAUUUCAUCCCCGCAGCUGACGGUGUAAAUUUAAGUCCUGUUUCCCCAGCAGCAGAUAAUGGUGAUGAAUCAUCAAGUGAUGCAGGUAAUGGUAGUGAUUCAUCAAGUGAAACGGAUGGCACUAGUUCUGAAAACAGUUGGUGAUGAUGUUGUAACACGAUGGCGAUAUAAUGUGAAUUAUAUUUCAAGAUUUAUCAACAAUUAAUGGGCAAGGAUCAAUUUUUUAAAAUAUUCAGCUCAUUAUUAAAAAAAAAAAAAUCAAUUUGUAACAUUAAACGAAUAAACCUAAAUUAUCUAAUUAAAAAAAAUGUUGACCAACAAAUUAAUACACAAUUCUAAUAUGGAUUAAUUAAUUUGAUUUUAAAUGAAUUGUAUAUUUAUUUAUUAAAUA